AUGCCGCUUUUGGUUGCUCCGAGAAGUUCGCAUGGAGUGGCCCUCGUAGACCACCAUCAUCACCUGCAGUACCGUCAGCUGCACCGUUCCGGUAGCUUCGAGACGUACCAAACGCACCAGCCAGACCCAGAACCGAACCGUGCCGUACCCGAACCGGGGCUGAUUGUUGGGAAAGCCGCAGACAGUGCGGUCGAUUUCAGUAUGUCAAAGUUUAAAGCAUCCUCGCGGCAUUCGCUGUACCGCCAGUUUUACGGUGGUGAUGAAUCGCCACCGUACGAGAAGCCGGAAGAAUCAGAACCCGCCGAGCCGGAAGGGCGCGAAAAAUCCUUCGGCAAAGUUUGGCUCAACAACGAAGCACAGUGGCAUCAUCCGAUAGCGAUGGCUCCCGGUCAACCGCCUGCACCAGUAGUGUCCGGUGCGCCUAUGUCCACGGCAGCACCGCCACCGCUGAACAUGUCGAUGCCACCCGCAUCCACGAUGGCGCUCCACUCCUCACCGCACCAACAGUCCCUGUACCUGAAUCCGGCCAGCCUGAUGAGUCUUCGGGACAUGAUGCUGCAGAGCCCGGCCGGGUUGAGCCUGCUGAACGCGGACGCCACCGGUUUGGGGCUGCUCAAGCGCAGCAUGCUAGAAUCCAUCCCUUCCAGCUCGUCGCCAGCGGCAUUCCCGCUGGGGCUAAGCCCACUCGCGAGCCUCACCAGUUCCGCCAGUCCCAGCACGUCGGCCGCCACUACCACGUACAGCCUGCCAUCGAUAAUUCCAACGACCGUUGCAUCAUUAUCACAGCAGCAACACCAGCAACUGAUCAAAAAGGAACGCGACGAGUCCGACAUCGAAAUGGACGACAGGGAAGACCAGGAACCGGACGAAAAACCGGCCAAACAUCGCCGAGCGCAAUCUCCCACGUUGCCCACCGCACUGCACCGACCCCAGCUCUCCCUCUCGCCGUUCCGCUCAUCGCCGCCAUCGUCGUCGGGCUCGCCGUACUAUCGUGCCGGCACGCAUCAGCAGCAUCAGCAGCAGCCAUCAUCGGCCAUCGAUCAGGGCUUACCGCAUCGAUCAGCGGCGGCUGCCGUCUCCCAUCAACCACAUCUCUAUCACGCUGCCGGCGGCUCGGCGACAUCCACUACGGUAGCCGCGGUCCCGUCACAUCAAAGGCAUCAACAUCAAAGCGAUUCCGCUGAACGUGAGCUGAAUUUAAAUGCGGGCGCGACCAUCCGAGCGAAAAACGAUCGCGACCUGCACACGCUGAACCACGGCACCCGGGAUCAUCCGUCCCAAACCACCGCCACCGUCCCGCACCAUCAGCUGCACCAGCUGCACCAUCCGCAUCUAUCACCGUUUGCGAAUCGGGCCGAGCUGGAAUUGUUUCGUGACCGGGAGGCGGGCGCAGUGCCGCAGCGGCAGCGGCACACAGGAGGUGACCGACGCGCAGUGCAUUCGGACUCGGAUGCCGAGCUGGAGGAUCGAACCGUUGCACAAAGCAAGCGAAAGAAUAGCGAUGACCUCGAGCGUCGUGAUCUGCGCUUCAGUGCAAUGGCGUCUAAAGUGGACCAUGACGUUACGAAUAAUGUGCAAUCGAGGAGGAAGGAUCCAACGGUACGCAGCAAGUCAUCUUCACCCGAUCUAAGCAUAAAAACACCAAAAUCACCAUCUCCGCCCCGUUCGCAUGACGACAUCGACAGCGAUCGUGACGAUGGCAGCGAUCGGGAGAACCUCAGCAGCCCUAUUCCAAACGAGCGUCCGGAACGAACCACGCCACUCAAUCUGAUCACGGACUCAUCGCGACGGACACCAUCACCACCGGCAUCCAGUGCCGUCCCGGGUGGUGGUUUGGGCGUGGCCCUUGCCGCGCUGCAGAACCAUCUGCCCCUCAGCUCGCUGUUCCUGCAGAACCAGCUCGGGUUGGGUGGGUUGGCCGGCCUGUCCGGGCAGGACAUCGGUAUGCUUCAGCAGGCGCUCCAAGCCCAGCAGGCCUCCCUCCAGCAACAGCUGCAGCAGUACAUGCUGCUCCAGGUGCAAGGAAGCGCGGCGAGUGCGAACGGAAAUGCUGCGGCAGCGGCCACGGCACAGGCACAGGCCGCCGCCCAAUUUCUCAUGCAAAAUCAGGUCCAGCAAGCCGUCGCCCAGUUGCAGGCACUGCAGAAACAGCAGCAGCUGAAACCGACCAGCUCCACACCAACACCGGGCGCCACGGCGACCAGCUCCCCGCUGCACAGCCCCUCCGGCAGUCCGGGACUGCAUCACCAUUCCACGCAAACGGGCGCCAUGCUUGGCGCGAGCCAAACGACACCACCCAACGUGAGCCAGCUGAAUGUGGGUGGCAUACUGACACCCUCAACGCCCGGUUCCGGCGCCCAUACGCCCCAGCUGCAGAAACAUUCCGCGGCACCGCGUGCACUGGAACCGUCGCCCGAGGAGACGACCGACCUGGAGGAGCUGGAACAGUUCGCCAAAACCUUCAAACAGCGGCGGAUAAAGCUGGGGUUCACGCAGGGCGACGUGGGGUUGGCCAUGGGGAAGCUGUACGGCAAUGACUUCUCGCAAACAACCAUCUCCCGGUUCGAGGCCCUUAACCUGAGCUUCAAGAACAUGUGCAAACUAAAGCCGCUGCUACAGAAAUGGCUCGAGGACGCGGACAGUAGCAUCUCCAAUCCGGGGGGGCGCAUCUUCAGCCCGGCCGCCCUGUCCAACACGAUGGCCACACCGGAAACGAUGGGCCGGCGGCGCAAGAAGCGCACCUCGAUCGAAACCUCCGUCCGGGUGGCGCUGGAAAAAGCGUUCCUCGUCAACUGCAAGCCGACGAGCGAAGAGAUCUCCACCCUCGCGGACAACCUGUGCAUGGAGAAGGAGGUCGUGCGCGUAUGGUUCUGCAACCGCCGGCAGAAGGAGAAGCGAAUAAACCCACCCAACGGUAUGGACAGCCCGACCCACUCGUCCGCGAGCGGGGAACUGUUCCCCGCCGGGCUCGUGCCGGGUCUAUCCUCACCCUCGUCCGCAUCCGGCGGUGGUACCGGUGGGCACCAUUACGCACCGCACCAUCACCACCAUCAGCCCCACACGCCCGGUUCCAGCAUCAAGCAGGAAUGA